CUAUAUGAGUGUUUGUUUUUGGCCUCCUAUUCAAAAAGUCUAUAUCGUUUUAGCUCUAAAUCUGGUGCAGUAAACAGAUUAUCAUGCUACAGUCUAUUGAAUUUUUGUAAAAUUAUGAACUAGUUAUAAAUCUUCUUGCAUGUUCUGAAAACUGGUAGAAAAUGGUUCUGAAUACUUACUAUUUUUCCCACCUUUUGUACACUCAUAAAUGUAUUUCUGCAACAAAGGAUUAUAUUGAUCCCAUUUCUGAAGGCACAAAUUCUAAUUUUAGGCUGUCAUAACCUUAUAUACAUUCUUUGUUUAUAAUCAGGCUGUAUGAGUAAUACUGUUAGUGAGUGGACUGAUGGUCGGUGGAGCAGAAGAGUGGAGACCACGUACCGUUGUACGAAACCACACAAUAAGAUGGAGGAUGGCAUGGACAUAGAGGAACAUGAUCUGUUGAACGACCCUACUGUGAGGAGUGUGUUUCCAGAUCUUGCCAUUCUCAAACAAGAAAUUAUUGAUUUUGAUACAAGUGAAGGUGUAGCACCAGAAUCCUUUACAACGCCGGAAGUACCAAAGAGAUAUGAAAACGAAAAUCAACUACACAAUUUAAUGGUCUACAGUAGGGAUCAUCCUACCGAGUGCUCCACUCAAGACCUGGAUGUGAAACCUGACCACCUGUGUACUGACAUGUAUGACACAAUAACUGUCAAGCGCAACAGUUUGACAGAAUUUCAUGAAAUUGAAACUGAAAUCAAGAAGGAAUCAGAGAAUGUUGUACCAAAUGAAUUGCCAUUUUACAGGAACAGGAUUAUACUUGGCAAGAUACAAGUAGAUGAGUCUGACGAAGAACUAGAAAUUGAUGCACCAGGUGACUCUAAUAAUGUUGUUAACAACAAAACAAACAAUGAUCAAGAUUUGGCAGUGUCAAUAUACACUGAUGAAGAUAGAAGCAUGAGGAUAACUAAACAGUAUUUUGAAAUGGAAAAAUGUUUGGGAGCGAAAAUUAUUCUAACAAACUGUUAUACAACUCUAUUGAACCAUAACUGUUACUGUGCUCAGUGUGCAGUGUUGUUCCCCACCACUGAAGCGUAUAGUCAACAUUACACGAGCACACACACCGAGACCACUCACUCAACUAAAGCCUCGGCUUCUCUUGUGACACGUAAACAAAUAAUUUACUCUCAUGUGAAGGAAUUUGUGUGUGACACCUGCAAGAAGAUAUUCACUAGGAAAAGGAUAUUGAUACGGCAUAUGUUAAUUCACACUGACGACAAGCAAUUCGAGUUUGACAUUUACAAGAAAACAUUUAACCACCUAAGAAAUGUGAAGAUACACAAGUUACUUCACACUGGCGAAAAGCCAUUCCAGUGUGACAUUUGCACGAAAUCAUUCUACCUAAGACAUCAUUUGAAGCGCCACAAGUUAGUUCACACUGGCGAAAAGGCGUUCCAGUGUGACAUUUGCACGAAACCAUUCAACCAAAUAAGUCAGUUGAAGAGACACAAGUCAGUUCACACUGGCAAAAAGCCAUUAGAGUGUGACAUUUGCAUGAAAAGAUUUAGACAUAGUUGUAAUUUGAAAAGCCACAAGUUAGUUCACACUGGCGAAAAGCCAUUAGAGUGUGACAUUUGCAUGAAAAGAUUUAGCCAUAGUUAUAAUUUGAAGAGCCACAAGUUAGUUCACACUGGCGAAAAGCCAUUAGAGUGUGACAUUUGCAUGAAAAGAUUUAGAAAUAGUUAUAAUUUGAAGAGCCACAAGUUAGUUCACACUGGCGAAAAGCCAUUAGAGUGUGACAUUUGCAUGAAAAGAUUUAGACAUAGUUAUAAUUUGAAGAGCCACAAGUUAGUUCACACUGGCGAAAAGCCAUUAGAGUGUGACAUUUGCAUGAAAAGAUUUAGAAAUAGUUAUAAUUUGAAGAGCCACAAGUUAGUUCACACUGGCGAAAAGCCAUUAGAGUGUGACAUUUGCAUGAAACGAUUUAGACAUAGUUCUAAUUUGAAGAGCCACAAGUUAGUUCACACUGGCGAAAAGCCAUUAGAGUGUGACAUUUGCAUGAAAAGAUUUAGAAAUAGUUAUAAUUUGAAGAGCCACAAGUUAGUUCACACUGGCGAAAAGCCAUUAGAGUGUGACAUUUGCAUGAAAAGAUUUAGACAUAGUCCUAAUUUGAAGAGGCACAUGUUACUUCACACUGCAGCACAGCCAUAUGAUUCUGAUGCGUCAGAAAAAAUGUGAGAGAGUUCAUGCCAGGAUGUUAAAAAGUGUGUUGUUCACUUUUAACUAUUGCAAGCCAGCGAAGUGAUUGCACUUUUCACUAAUGUAACUACUUGAUCUCGUGGUCUAAUCGUUAAGCUAUUCGGCUUUCAAUAUGGAGGUUGAGGGUUCGAGUUUCUGGGAGGAGUAACUUUUAAUUAUUAUUUUAGUUUUUCUUUGUUAGUCAUUAUAGGUAGGUUAUUUUAGACAAUCUUUAUCAAUAUGAGCAGGAAAUAAAAUAAAAAAUAUAAGUAUAAGAAAAAAAUACUUUAUUUCACUAUACAAGUAAAUAUUAUUAGUCUGUAUGCAGAAUUAUUGUAAACAAAAGUAAACAAAUUCAGAAAUUGUAGAAUUACAACAAUGAGAACCAACAUGUUACUAAAU